AUGCUUCCUUCGACGGCUCGCCCUGCAGGUGCCGCGGCGGCCUACACGCAGCCGCAGCUGAGGCAGAUGAGGGCGCAGUGCCUCGUCUUCCUUGCCUUCAAGAACCAGAUGGAGCCCAGGAAGCGGCACCUCGAGAUCGCGCUCGGUGAGGAUGACAUCGACGGAGCCGGCUGCCACGGCGAGACGACGACGACGAGCUCACCUUCUCAAGCCUCGUCGUCCUCUGCCGCACCGUUGCCGCUGCCCCACCUUCUGCCCAUCUCCUCGCUGCGGCUGUCUCCGCCGCCGUCGGAGACGGAGCAGGAGCAGGAGCAGUUGAGUCACCACCGCAACGACGACCCUGAAGCAACAAAACACGAGUAG